AUGUGGAUGGUGGGUUACAAUGAAGGUGGAGGUGGCGAUCAUCAUCACCAUCAGUUAAACAUGGUUGUUGAUCACCAUCAUCAUCAUCACCAUCAUCAUCCAUUCGGAGCUUCUGGAAGAAAGCUAAGGCCUCUCAUGCCAAGACCAAUGACUUCUCCUAACAACUCAACAACAACGACAACAACAACAACCAAUAACAACAACAACAACAACAACCCAUGCUUAAGCCUUGUUCAUCAUCAGGGCAACGAUUUCUUCUCUCAAUAUCACAACCAUUUAUCGACAGUGGGAGAGCAGAACAAGAGGGAAAAUGGUAACAACAACAAUAAUGGUUCGGCACCGGUUGUGGUGAGUUCCCGGUGGAAUCCAACGCCGGAGCAGCUGAGAGCGCUUGAGGAGCUGUACAGAAGAGGGACUCGGACGCCGUCGGCGGAGCAAAUCCAACACAUAACAGCGCAGCUGAGAAGGUUUGGGAAGAUUGAGGGCAAGAAUGUCUUUUACUGGUUUCAGAAUCAUAAGGCUAGGGAGAGGCAAAAGCGUCGCCGCCAGAUGGAAUCAUCUGAUACCAAUAACAAUAAUCAUCCACUUCAAAACAACAAUCACCACCGUGAUUUUGAUUCUUCUUCUGAAAAGAAAGAACUGGCAGCAAGUAGGACAAUGGUUGAAGUUGAACAGACCAAAAACUGGGCAUCCUCUACAAACUGCACUACUCUUGCAGAGGAAUCUGUUUCAAUGGAAAGAGAGGGAGGAGCAGGAAAAGCAGGAGUGGCAGAGUGUAGAGCAGAUGGAUGGGUCCAAUUCGAAGAAGGGGAAUUACAACAAAGAAGGAACUUUAUGGAAAGGAAUGCCACGUGGCACAUGAUGAUGCAUCAUCACUCCCCAUGUGCUGCUGCUGCACCACCUGCACCUGCACCACCUAACGAGAAUCAAACCCUUCAACUUUUCCCUCUAAGGAGCGGUGACGAUCUUCAUCAUCACAUUAACGGCAAAGGGACAGAGAUAUCAGCAUCAAAUGAUGCCAUCACCCCAAACCACCAUCACUUCUUUGAGUUCCUUCCUUUGAAGAACAACUAA